CUUCUUUUUCUUUCUUCCUUUCUUUACUUAUAUACCCACUUCUUCUUUUAUUUCUUUUUUUGUUUGUUCAACACAAGUUUGGAGAGAAGGGCCUUGUUAAAAAGCUUGUGGGAACAUCUCUUCUCUCCUAUUGUGUUUAGUUUUUUCCUUUGCAUAUUUCUUACUUAAUUGUGAUUUCUGAAACUACUUUUCUUAGAUUUUCUAAAAAUUCAUGUUCUUGGCUGGAUUAUAGAUUUUGAUAUUUUUUCCCCUUUCAGUUCAGAUAUGAGAUAUGAUAGCUUUAUUCAUUUCAGUAAGAAUGGAAAGGUUUGAGUCCAGCAGGAUUUUGACUAAACUGAUGUCAUCAAAUAUUUCAAAUUGAACACAAUGAUCAAGAAGGAAAAAUAGAAGUGUUCAAACUGAUACAACAGGAUGGAUGAGAGGCUUCUUGGAUCAGAGACAAGGAAUAGUGGUGAAUUAAUAGUGGGAGUGUGGUUGGAAUCGAAAAAGCUAUGGAGGAUCGCCUUUCCUGCAAUGCUAACAAAGUUGACAUCAUUCGGGAUGUUUGUGAUCACACAGGCAUUCAUUGGUCAUCUUAGCAAAGUUGAGCUUGCAGCUUAUUCCCUGAUACAAAUCAUUACAGUACGAUUUGCCUAUGGAAUAUUGUUGGGAAUGUCUAGCGCGACUGAAACGCUAUGCGGGCAAGCAUUUGGAGCAAAACAAAACCAUAUGAUGGGAAUUUACCUGCAAAGAUCGUGGAUUAUUAACCUUGGUGCUGAAACAGUUUUGCUACCAAUAUUCAUCUUUGCUUCACAAAUCCUAAAAUUACUUGGAGAAGAAGAAGAUGUAGCAAAUCAAGCAGGAUAUAUCUCAGUAUGGUUCAUCCCUGUCCUCUAUGCUUUUCUCUUCAACAUAACCAUUCAGAAGUACUUACAAGCACAACUUAAGAACAUGAUUAUCGGAUGGCUUUCUGCUAUAUCAUUUGUACUUCAUGUGCUCUUGUCAUGGAUCUUUGUGACCAAACUAAAUUGGGGGAUUCCUGGUGCAAUGAGUUCGAUGAUAAUCGCGAAUUGGUUCGUGGUAAUUGGAGAGUUUGUGUACGUCUUUUGCGGUUGGUGUCCUAAUACAUGGAAAGGAUUCACUUCAGCUUGCUUUACUGAUCUAUUUCCUGUACUAAAGCUCUCAAUAUCCUCUGCGGUGAUGCUUUGCUUAGAGUUAUGGUAUUAUGCUGUUCUAGUCCUACUGGCAGGACAUAUGCAAAAUGCCACAACUGCAAUCUCUGCAUUUUCCAUCUGUCUGAAUAUCAUAGCUUGGGAAUUCAUGUUAUGCCUUGGAUUCUUUGCUUCAGCUAGUGUUCGUGUUUCAAAUGAGCUUGGGAAUGGAAAUGCCAAAGCUGCGAAAUUUUCCAUGAAAGUUAUCAUAUGUACUUCAAUCACCAUUGGUGUGUUCUUCUGGGCUUUGUGCUUAAUAUUCGGUCAUCAAAUCGGUUACUUGUUUACAAGUGAUAAGGAAGUAGUAAAAUCUGUAUCAAACCUCUCCGUCCUGCUUUCUUUCUCAGUUUUGCUAAACAGUGUUCAGUCAGUCUUAUCAGGGGGAGCAGUAGGUGCUGGCAGGCAAAGUAUAGUUGCAUAUGUUAACAUUUGUUCCUAUUAUAUGGUUGGGGUGCCAUUGGGAGUUCUGCUUGGAUAUAUUGCCCACUUGGAAGUUAAGGGCAUAUGGAUUGGGAUGAUAAUUGGUGUCGUGCUGCAAACGACUGUUCUUGGCUAUAUUACCUACAGGACUGAUUGGGAAGAACAGGUGAAGAGAGCAUCAGAGAGACUUAAUAAGUGGCUCUUGAAGACAUCAGAAGAAUCCAAUGGAAGUAACUGAAUAAAGAGGGAAACAUC